AUGAACCAGGAGUCUGCAGCUUCUACUUCUGCCGUUUCACCCACAGCACUGCAGCGCCCCGCCUUGCGUACUUUGGACCUGCGCUCGCUCCCAGUUGAAGAUGCCGCACCCAGCGAAACACAACUGCGAAGGCAGAAGUAUCUCUUCUUCGAGAAGCAUUGCUCUGAGGUGUCAGCGGGGCUAUUCCUAUCUGGGGACUAUGUGGCAAAGAACAGGGAGACCCUGCGGCAGGCGGGUGUCACACAUGUGCUCAACUGCGUUGGCUUCAUAUGCAAGGAGUAUUUUAAGGAUGAGUUGACGUACAAAACACUAUACCUGCAAGAUACACCCGCGGAAGAUAUCUUGUGCGUGCUGUACGACUGCCUGGACUAUAUUGACAGCGCACUGCAUUCCGGUGGACGCAUCCUGGUGCAUUGCAGCCAGGGGGUCAGCCGCUCAGCUACGUUGGUGAUUGCGUACAUAAUGUGGCGCAGCGGCAAGCCGUAUGAUGAGGUCUUCGCGGCGGUGAAAGCAGUUCGUGGCGUGGCAAAUCCCAACAUCGGGUUCACGUGCCAGCUGUUGCAAUGGCAAAAACGUGCUGCCAGCGCCAAGUCCAGGAUGCGCAUGUACCGCAUCGCAUCGCACUGUGUCCAUGCGCCAAACUACCUUGUACCAAAACUCAUUACUCCGCCGAAGCAGUACCCCAACAAUACCCACCGGGACUUGGACCCCCGAGGCGCCUUCGUGCUGCAAACACCUGGGGGGCCCACGUACGUGUGGCGGGGAGAGCAUUGCCCUGACGCAUACGUGGCGGCUGCGCACAGGGCAGCAUGCCACCUCCGGAAGUUCGAGGGCGCGGGUCCGGUGGUGGAGGUGCGGCAAGGUAAGGCAGAUUGUGAGCGGUCUGGUUAA